CAUUGGAGAAUCCAUUUUUAGAACGAUUCCGUUUCUUUUCUAAGUAAGAGGCACUAGGCUCUCCCAAAACCUAUGUAUUUGUUUGUUAGUUGGAUACCACAACAGAUUGGAGCAGUAGAAUACGGAUUCACCCACUGGAUUGCCACUUUUAAAUUUAGUCUGAAGAUACAUAUGGACAAUGGACUCCAAACAAUAAAAAAUUCGAUGAACAAAAGACUGCUUAAGGUAUGUUCAUACCAGAUACUUUAAGAAGCUGUAUGAUCGAGACGGACGUUUCUUCUUAUUUGCAAACAUCGUCGACAGGACAGGAUGAAUUUCACCCCUUUAUUGAAGCGCUUUUACCGUAUGUCAAAUCAUUUUCAUACUCUUGGUUUAACUUACAAGCCGCCAAACGAAAAUAUUAUAAAAAACACGAAAAACGAAUGUCAUUAGAAGAGGAAAGACAUUGCAAGGACGAACUACAGAAUGAGAAGACGGAAGUCAAACAAAAAUGGGCUUCCCGCCUGCUUGGAAAACUUAGAAAAGAUAUAACACAAGAGAGUCGGGAGGAUUUCGUGCAAUCAAUAAUCGGCAAACGUAAAUCAAUUUGUGUUCUAUCAAAUCCAGAUCAAAAAGGCAAAAUGCGACGCAUAGACUGUUUACGUCAAGCUGAUAAAGUUUGGCGACUUGACUUGGUCAUGGUUAUUCUUUUUAAAGCAAUUCCCCUGGAAAGCACAGAUGGGGAGCGCUUAGAAAAGAAUCCCGAAUGUUUGCAUCCAGGACUUUGUGUCAAUCCGUACCACAUUAAUGUCUCUGUCAGGGAGUUGGAUUUAUAUUUGGCUAACUUCAUAAAUACUCAUAAUUCGGUCAAUCAGGCAUUGUCUACAGGACAGUCAGUGGAUUCCAGGUCUCCAAAUGUGACACAGUAUACUCGCAAUAAUAUUCCUUUGGAGAACAAAGAAGUUGGCGUUGAAAUGAAAAAUGAAGGCGUGAGACAUAAUCCUUAUAAUGGAGUUGUGUGUAAUGAUAUUAUUUUAGCGACUGGUGUUUUCUCAUCACAGGAACUCUGGAAAUUGUCGAAAGAUUCAAUAUUGGAUGAAAUCAGUGACAAUAAUCUCCACUCAAACCUUAUUAAAAGGGAAAACGUGGGAGCUGCCUAUGAUUGCAACACAUAUCAUAUUAACUCAGAAUCUUCAAUGCCUGGCCCCCAGAGCUUAGUUCAAGCUGCGGCAAUUGUAGCUAAUCCAGUUCCUGGUGGUUAUAGUAUUGACUUUGUAGAUCAGAGGAGCUUGCAGUUAUCACAAAGUCCGUUACUAAACGCAGAAGUGCCUAAUGACGCGUCCACUGAUGUUAGUAAGGUCGAUCAAAGGAACUCGCCUCCGGUUGUUUCUCGGCCAUCUACUUCAGUUGAAAACUGCACCAGCAGCUUUUCGGUAAUCCUUCGAGCAACAGAAAGUAAUAGCUCAAAUGGAGAGCCAACAGCCAAUUCAGACUCGGCCAUCUCGCUGCACCGCUACACGUCGCUUAACAGUAGACCAACACAGCAAUUCCGAGCUCCAGAAGGUAUUUCACACCCGAAUUGCUCUUCAUUGCUGUCGACUUCUAUCAGCCCAGUCAAUACACUGUAUUACCCCCCCCAUGGCACUGUAAGGUCUUCUACAAUAGUUGACGAAGACCAGUGUCACCGCGUUGUUGCUGACAAAUAUUCUACAGAAUCCCAUGACAUUUCUGACUUUGUCACAUACGUUUGUCAAGAUGCUGGUCACUCAACAACAAUAUCGACAGGAACUAUUGAUCAUGCGUUUCAGCAUGCCCAUCCACAUACGCACGUCUCUCAUAGCCACCCCUCGCAUUUUCAAAUUCAUCAACAGCUAAGGAAUUCGAAAUUGGCUUCUUCGCCAGCUGCUCAUUAUCAUAGUACAAUGCUGCCUCCGAUGCUGCCACCGAUGGCACGACCAGUGGCAAUAAUACGGACUAGCGGAGACUUGUCAAUGGUUCACUCACCCCCUUCUCCAUCGGGUUCGACAAACGAUUCUCCGAAUACACAUAAUAAUAGCCUAGGCGUAGCAAAAAUAGGCUUGGCGCCAGAAAAUAGUACAAAUACAAACACCAUGGAAGGCAACAACAGUCCAAUUAAUACAGAUUCCAGCUCACAUAGCGUUCACUGUACAACUCUAGUGACAUCCAUUUCGCCGCAACCACAACCCCAACCACCCCAACCGCAACCUCAGGCACCCUUAUCGACAAACGCCUAUCUGGAAAAUGGACGAUGUAAGCUUUCACCAGCAGCUACCAGCUCCUUGAGUCGUAUAACCACCCAAAUGUAUCCAUCAUCCAAUGGCAGGGAAUACUUUAACCACUUUCAUUCGCAAUCUUCAUCGCUGCUAGGAUACGCUGGUUCUAUUUCCUCAAUGUCUGGUGUAAUAAGUCCGACCAACUUGAGCCUUUACUCAGCUCCAACUAUGGCUGUAACUCGCUCUAGUGCCCGGUCUCGAUGGAACGAUGAUGAACUAAAUUUAAUUCCACACUCUGUAUCUAGUACAAAUAUAGAAAAUACACAAGUUAUAUUAAUGGAAGACUCUUCAACUCGUUAUAUCGAUGAAUACUCAGCUAACUCAAAUCGUGACUAUGGGUCAUGAUCUAAUGCCAAAAUGUCAUAAAUUGGACGGACACUCGUGAGGCUUGGGCAUGCCAAUUUAUUGACUAUUAUAUAAAUAUAAGUACCUUAUAAAUAUCUUCAUAAAGACACUGAUACACACAAACACAAAAUAUAAAUCUUUAAACCAA